AGCUGGUUGGUUCCGAUUCAAAUUCACUGGGGAGAACCAUAAGCGGUCCGAUCAGGUCCUCUGCACGUGUGGCCGGAUCUAGGUUGAAGUCGUCAUUGAAGUGGGAACUAGAAAUCUAGCGAAUUCAAGGAAAACAAUGGACCAAGAUAAAGCUAAAAGCAACGAGAGUCACUCUUCGUCUUCACGGGAUUCCAAUCCAUGCCCCAUCUACGUCGGUCCUUUCCUUAGAGAAUCAUAACUCGAUUCCUGUUUCCUUCUUUCUUUGCAAAAGCUCACAAAUAUAGAUUAAAUUGCUAUUAUACUGAAUCAGUCAGGUAUCUUGAGCAAUAUAGUUAAUGCAUUGCAAUAUUGGAAGUCCCGCAAGUAUCUUCAACCAAAUUGGUGGCUGCAAAGUUGGUUGAGAAGAGAAAUUCAGGCUCUUUGGCAGUCGCCAUUGGAGUGGGAAGGAGAAAUCUAGCGAGUUCAAGAAAAACAAUGGACCAAGAUGAAGCUAAAAGCAACGAGAAUCACUCUUCCUCUUCGCGGGACUCCAAUCCAUGCCCCAUCUGCCUCGGUCCCUUCCUUCAAGAAUCCUAUCUUGAUUCCUGUUUCCAUAAAUUUUGUUACAGUUGCAUUUUGAAUUGGACUAAAGUAGUUGCUGGCAAGCAUUCUCCUGCACCUUCUUCUGUAAAAUGUCCUUUGUGCAAGACAGAAAACCUUUCAAUAAUUUAUGGAUACGAUGGAAGUUCAUUCCAAAGGCAGUAUAUAAAUGAUAGUUUUGAGCUUAGUUCUUUCUUUUCAAAAGCUCACAAGUAUAGAUUAAAAUGCUAUUAUACUGAACCAGGUAUCUUGAGCAAUGUAGUUAACAUAUUGCGAUAUUGGAAGUCCCGUAAGUAUCUUCAACCAAAUCGGUGGCUGCAAAGUUGGUUGAGAAGAGAAAUUCAGGCUCUUUUGCAGGAAGAGGAUGUUGAAAUUAUUGUACACCAUAUACUUGGUGUGGUUGAUUCAUUCUUGAGAAGGGGUGAUCAAUCUCAUCAGAUGAGAACACCUGAAACAAAACAAGUAGAGUUCAAGAAUCUAGUCUCUGAUGCAGCAAGGCCUUUUCUAGCAGCAAGAACAGAACGAUUCGUGAAUGAGUUGGAAUUGUUUCUUGCUUCAGGUUUAAACAUUGAAGCCUAUGAUGAAGUAUACAUGCAGCAGUUGGGUUGGAACACUCCUAGAUUGACUGGUGAGGGUGCAGAUGUAGAACAUAGUGAACACACACCAAUAGUCCCAUACUUGUAUAUUUUUGACGACGACUCUGAUGAAACUGAUUGAGGCUGCAGAAGGAGAACGUAGUGAAUUCACACCCACCUGGAAUCCCGCAUUUCUGUCUUUGAUGACGACUCUGAUGAAGCUGAUUAAAAGUUUCAUUCAUAAUGUGGAACAACAAAGUUUGAAUUAUGCUUGAUUAAAAAAUAUACCUUUAGUUAUCAAUAAGUUUUAACUCACGGAUACUAGAAUUGUCUCUAAUGAUAAAGUAUUGAGUUAGAGUUUUAAUCGAAACUUGAUGAACUGAAAAAGAAACCUUUAGCUA